AUGGCUGGUCGUCGUGGUCACAAAGUCCUUCGUGUUGACAGCAAUGCCACUGGGAGUAGUAGUUCAGAGUAUCCUGUAAUUAUAAACCUAAAAGUACUGAAAGAACCAAAAUUAGAAUUUCCGGCAGUGAGUGUCUGUAAUAUAAACCGAAUGAAAUUUGAAGAAGUAAAAUUGGAGGUGGGUAAGGGAGCUGUAGCUGAACCUCUGAUCAUUUCUGAACGGCGGUAUAAUUACAAGACAUACCAGAGCAACUCAAACACUACUAAAGCAAAAAAUAAUUCCCUCCUGGAUUUCACAAAGAAAUGGUACCAAAUGAAUGUAAAGGAACGUUUUAUUAAAGGGCAUGAUCCUUCAGUAUUUAUACACAAAUGCACAUGGAAUGGCAAAAUUUGUCCUAAACAAUAUCUUAGUCAUUUUAAUAACCUUCGUUACGGUAAUUGUGUGACAUUUAACAAGAAAAAAGAUUUGAUGUUUAAUUUUGAUUCGAGCUUUGGUAAUGGCUUGCAAUUAAUUUUGGAUCUAGAACCCGAAAAGUAUUUGCCUAUAACUCCCGUAGUUGGUGCUGUAUUGGUAAUUCAUGAUCCAGAAGACACACCAACACCAGAAGAAAAAGGUUAUAUCAUUACACCUGGAUAUGAAACCUUCAUCGGGCUGAAGCAGUCAAUCUUAGUAAGACUACCAGCUCCAUAUAAAGAUCAUUGUGUUGAUUAUUCCGCAAAUUUUCUGGAUAAUAUCAGAAACAAAAAGGAAUGCAUUCGAAAAUGCAUCCAGAUGGCAAAUUAUAAUCAAUGUCGUUGUAUUGAUCUAACUUUUGGUAUAUUGAACGACUUAAAAUUUUGUGAUUUAAGCAACGAUACAGAGGUUCAGUGUCUAAAUAGUGUGCUCGAACACAUGUCCAAAAUAGGACCCAUGUAUCAUAAACCUGCUCCUCGUUUGACAAAACUGGAAACCGUUUCAAGGAAAUAUAUCCAUUUCGGCACAGAGAACUUGCAAUCUGAACAGCAUAAGCUAUCAGCUUGA